UCUAUUCCUCUUUAUUGAUUUUGGCGGGAUGGAGCUUUGGUGAUCUGGUCACACUGCAGAGGGCCAAAGUUUGUUUAUCAUUGCUAGUCGGCACUUUGACCAUCAAAAUGAGCUCCAUUAAGAUUGAAUUUGCAGUGCAAAUGCGCAAGGACGACGAGGCCUACGCCGGAGUCCUCCGCUCGGCGCUGGAUGGCGUGGGUCAGGUGGAGAUCGACACCCAGGAGGGCCGUGUGAUAGUCCAGACCCAGCGACCCUGGUCAGAGAUUCACGACAAGAUAGAAGCCACCGGACGCAAGGCAGUCCUUUCGGGCUUCGGCGGUCAGUCGGCGGUCGCCCUCAUUAACACCACCGGCAGUGUGGUGGACAAAACGCCUAUCCAGGGAGUAGUCCGUUUUACCACCAUCACGACCAAGGAGCCCGGGGUGGUGGUGGAUGGCGUGGUGGACGGCCUGACGCCUGGUCUGCACGGAUUCCACAUCCAUGAGAGCGGAGAUACUUCCUCCGGCUGCGCCUCCGUAGGAGCACACUACAAUCCCCGCCAGUCGCCGCAUGGCAGCCCCACAGCCGGGGCAGAGAAGCGCCAUGCCGGGGAUUUGGGUAACAUUCGUGCCGAUGAGAGCGGCAGGGCCACCUUCAGAUUCGUGGAUCCAGUGCUGCAGGUCUGGGACAUCAUCGGCAGAGCGGUCGUCCUCACAGCCAAUGCCGAUGACCUGGGAUGUGGUGACAAUGCACAGAGCCUGGUCGAUGGCAACUCCGGGGAGAGAAUUGCCUGUGGCAUAAUUGCCCGUUCGGCUGGCAUUAUGGAGAACUUCAAGAGAAUAUGUGCCUGCGAUGGAGUCACCCUUUGGGAUGAGCGGAAUAAGCCAUUGGCUGGCAAAGUGCGCUCCCAAAAACUGUAACCUUGUUCUAUUUGUUGACCUUGUAAAUAAAUUAUCUUUAUAAAA